UUUCACUGAAUCAUCAGUUUCCAGGAAGAAGCAUCUGCUCAGUCUGGAUACUCAAAAUGAUGAAACUGAAUGCUUUCCUUCUGCUACUCCUCCUAGGAAUAAGCUUGGUUUCCACUUAUCAAAAUGUGGCCCUGCGUGGUAAAUCAACUCAAUCAACCCGUUUAACUGAUAACCCCGUGUCAGCUGCCCACAACGCGAUUGAUGGAAAUCGUAAUUCUGAAUUUUCGGUUGGGUCUUGCACACACACUAAUGAACAGACGAACCCCUGGUGGAGAGUGGACCUGCUUCAGUCCUACAUAAUCACGUCUGUCACCAUCUUCAACAGAGGAGACUGCUGUCAGCACAGACUCAGUGGGCUGGAGAUCCACAUAGGCAACUCUUUGAACAAUGAAGGUUUAGAAAACCCAAAGGUUGGUACAAUUUCUGAAGGUCGUACAGGUGAAUCCAAAUUGACUUUCACCAAUCGGGUGGAGGGACGUUAUGUAACAUUGACUCUGCCUGGUUCAAAUAGGAUCCUCACACUCUGCGAAGUUGAAGUCUAUGGAUACCCUGCUCCAACCGAUGAGAAUCUUGCACUCCAAGGAAAAGCCACACAGUCGUCAAGAUAUUCAUUUGGCAUUGCAUAUAAUGCCAUAGAUGGAAAUCGUAACAGCAAAUGGGAAGAGGCUUCCUGCACUCUCACAAAAAAAUCAAUGAGUCCGUGGUGGCGACUUGAUCUGCUCAAAACACAUAAAGUGUUUUCUGUUAGAAUCGUUAAUCAAGAUUCUCACCCAGAACGACUCAAUGGAGCCGAAAUCCGCAUUGGAGAAUCUCUUGAAAACGAUGGCAACAAUAAUCCCAGGUGUGCCGUGAUCACAGGUAUUGCAGGAGGUGCUGUUGCUGAUUUCAAGUGCAAUGGGACAGAGGGCCGCUACAUUAAUAUCGUCAUUCCUAAGAGAAAUGAGUUCCUAAGUCUGUGUGAGGUCGAAGUGUAUGGCUCGAGACUAGAUUAUCCCAGGGGAAACAGUAUCUGCUUUGUUCGGAUCUUCAGAAUGAUGAAACGGAGUGUUUUCAUUUUGCUGCUCCUCCUGAGGACGACUUUGGCUUCUACUUAUCAAAAUCUGGCUACGCGUGGUAAAGCAACUCAGUCAACCUGUUACCCGCAUGCUAGGGCAUCUGCCCUCAAUGCGAUCGAUGGAAACCGUAAUUCUGACUUUAUGGCGGGGUCGUGCACACACACUAAUGAACAGACCAAUCCCUGGUGGAAAGUGGACCUGCUUCAGUCCUACGUCAUCACUUCCAUCACCGUCACUAACAGAGGAGACUGCUGUCAUGAAAGGCUCAACGGGCUGGAGAUCCACACUGGCAACUCUUUGGUCAAUGACGGUUUAGAUAACCCAAUGGUUGGUAGAAUUUCUCGAAUUCGUUUGGGCAAAUCCUUCGAUCUGACCUUUACCAAUCGUGUGGAGGGACAGUAUGUAACUUUGACUCUGCCCGGUUCACGAAGGAUCCUCACACUCUGCGAAGUGGAAGUCUAUGGAUACCCUGCUCCAACUGAGGAGAAUCUUGCACUCCAAGGAAAAGCCACACAAUCCUCACUGUAUGCAUUUGGCAACGCAUUUAAUGCCAUAGAUGGAAAUCGUAACAGCAAAUGGGAAGAUGCCUCCUGCACUCUCACACGAAAAUCAAUGAGCCCCUGGUGGCGACUUGAUCUGCUCAAAACACAUAAAGUGUUUUCUAUUAAUAUAGUAAAUCAAGAUUCUCUUCCAGAACGACUCAAUGGAGCCGAGAUUCGCAUUGGCGAUUCCCUUCACAACAACGGGAAUAACAACUCCAGGUGUGCUGUGAUCACAAGCAUCGCUGGAGAUGUUGUUGCUAAGUUCACAUGCAAUGGAACGGAAGGCCGCUAUGUUAAUAUUGUCAUUCCCAACAGAGAAGAGUUCCUGAGUCUGUGUGAGGUCGAAGUGUACGGCUCUAGGCUGGAUUAAGAAAACAGAAAAACAAACAAGAAGCUUGCACACUGCAGAAGUUUAAUUAGGUAUUUAUUGCAUCUUGCGUAGAUCAAAACAGUAGAUUAAUAAAUAGAACAUUGAUUAGUCACUUAUGGAUCAUACAUUAUAAAAGUAUUUGGAAACUUAGAAGAACAAAUGUAUGCUAGAUUAGAACUGUUACAGUAAAAUAAUUGCUUUGAUUCUAUGUAAAACAUGUUUGUUGUUUGUGUCUUCUGACUGUUGAUUCAAGUAAAACAAUGUGAUAUUCUAGUAUGUGACAUUAGUGUGUAAUUACAGUACAUUUGAUUUUUCGACAUCUCAAUUCUCUUCUCUGCUUUUUGUUGGAUGUUUUGGUUGUUUUUUUCGAAGUUUCAUCAUAAGCAUUUCAUGUGCUGUAACAAUCUCUGCUCCAAGAAAAGUCUGAAUUUAAUCACUGCAAAAAUUACAUUGUUUUAAAAUU